UUUUCAGACCCCUGAACUCUUAAAGACAAUGUUUUUCUUGCUUGCUUUUGUCUCUUUCUUCUUUUGCUGUCUGGUAGAUGAAGUGAAGUCCGUGUUAGUGAUGGAGGGAGAAUCUGUCACACUAUAUAAUGAUGUUACAGACAUACAGACAGAUGAUCAGAUAUUGUGGAGUUUUUUAACUAGAGAGACUAACAUCGCUCGAGUCAACAGAGAAGCCAAUCGAGUGUCAAUAUUUGCUGAUGUUCUUGAUGGGAUAUUCAGAGACAGACUGCAGGUGGAUGAUCAGACUGGAUCUCUCACCAUCACAAACAUCACAUCUCAACACUCUGGACUUUAUCAAAUGACCAUCAGCAGCAAGCAGAAGGCUUCGUAUACAUUCAGUGUUGCUGUCGCUCGCCUUCCUGUUCCUGACAUCACCAGUUAUUGUCCACAAAACUCUUCAUCAGUGUCAACAUGUGUGUUGUUGUGUUCAGUGAUGAAUGUGACACGUGUGAGUCUCUCCUGGUUCAAAGGAAAGAGUUUAUUUUCCAGCAUCAGUGUGUCUGAUCUCAACAUCAGACUCUCUCUACCUCUGGAGGUGGAAUAUCAGGAUACAAACACAUAUAGAUGUGUCAUCAACAAUCCCAUCAUGAACCACACACAACAUCUCAACAUCACUCAACUCUGUCAGCCGUGUUCAGAAUGCGAGUGCUGCUGUUGUAAUGUUUCUGAAGCUGUGAUCCGAUUGGUCAUCUCAGGUUUGGUGUGGGUGGCUACUGUUGCUGUACUAGCAUAUGACAUCAGAUCUGACAGAAGAGAUGAACAGAAGAAAAUAUCACAGACACCGUCAGACUAUCAUUGAUAAAUUGUUUGAAUGGUUCUCUUGAUUUUUUACAUUUUAAAUACGUAUUUAUCCACUUUUUAAUGGAUAGAACAAUUGAUGAAGGCUUGAUGUCAAAAUAUUAAUUGGAUCAAAUAUAACUUGUCCUAAUUAUAUUUGGCAUGUCACGAUGCUCCAAAAUUGGACGGAGCUCAAAUAACUUUACUUAAGAAAUGGUGAUCGAGCAGGCUUAUUUCAUGCAAACAGGAUUAGAUCAUGGCCAUGACACAGUCGGCUUCAUUCAUAAAAAGCAAAUUGUUGACCAAGGUACAGGAUAAAUAUAAAGAGUUUUGCGAAUUUAACAUGUAAUCAACUUGAUGUUUUACUUUUAGAAGAAUAUUUAUUGUAAUAAUUUAAUACAUUUAGAAUAGUGUUCGGUGACGACGGAUAAAUAUGAAUGAAUAAGUAAAUAAUAUAUUGUUUAAUAUAUUGUAUCUCUUGUGAAUGAGAUAUUUGCCAUAUUCAUUUGUUGGUUCUUUAUAUCAAAUAUAUAAAAGCACAGAGUGUAUACGUGUGUAUGAUAUGAGUCUGUCCUGCCAUUUGCAAAUCUGUGGUAUUUUGUCUCUUAAGUGCCCAUCUUGUAAAACUGUAUUUUUCUU